AUGACAACCACAGCUGGCAAAGAUCUACAAGAUGCUCAUGGUGACCACGUUGAUGCAAGCUUCAAGUCGGACGACGCCAUCAACACCGAUGCAGGUACAACCACAGGAUCAACUGUGUUUGAGAUCCCAAAUGACUCUGAUAUCAAAUCACGUCAACAGAAAAAGAGAUCACCUACCCAGGACUCUGCCACAUCAAUAGGUACUACUUCCUCAACCACUUCAAGGGGCUCAGUUCUGUCUGUUGCAUCAGCAGUUCUGUCCUCCUCUUCCACGAGCGCAAGUGGUGGAGGUGGUGGUGGUUCACGCAAACGCAAAAAUAAAAAGGCUCCAUAUUUACAUAUAGCACCAUUAAGCACCCCAUUGAAACAUCGACUUGAAACAUUGGCGAUCGUUUGGCUUUGCGUCAGUCUUCCUGCGUUCAUUACCUUAUUUUUUAUUUGCAUCUCAUUGGGUUGGGUUGUUUGGCUCACAGUUAUCUUGCCCUACUUUAUAUGGUGGUAUGGGUUUGACUUACACACCCCAACAAACGGUAAGGUAUCAUAUCGUGUUCGCAAUUCCAUGAAGAAUUUCAUUAUUUGGGAGUGGUUUGUCAAUUAUUUCCCCAUUAGAGCACACAAAACUAUUGAGUUGGAACCCACAUUCACAAAAGUGCUCGUUAAGCAAACUGGCUCUAAUUCCCAAGGCAGUGAGGGCGAUGAGCAAGAGGAUGGGGAUGAUGAUGAAUUGGAUUUGGUUUCGGAAGACGCAACUACCGUAUUGGACAAUAUUUUCAAGUUUAUUGGAUUGAAAAAGAGACUAAAUCGAAGCGACGAUAAUAUCCUGGUUAAAUCCAGCGACAGUUCUUCGUCCUGCAGAUCGUCGUCACCACCUGCUGCUGUGUACAAACGUGUUCUGACCGGUCCUAGGUACAUCUUUGGGUACCACCCUCAUGGAGUCAUAUCGAUGGGUGCAAUUGGAUUAUUUGGGACUAAUGCAUUACGAAACGAGCCGUAUGAACCCGUUCUUAAAUGGUUGAAGCCAUUUUUCCAUGAUCCUUCAAAGUUUGAAACAUUGUUUCCUGGACUCGGGCAAAUCUUUGCCUUAACCUUGACUACCCAAUUUACCGUGCCCUUUUAUCGUGAUUAUUUGAUGAGUAUGGGAUUGUCUAGUGCCUCGGCAAAAAAUAUCAAGAGCUUAAUUAAUAAUGGAGAUAAUUCAGUUUGUCUUGUUAUUGGAGGAGCUAAAGAGUCUUUGUUGAAUACGACAGUUUCCAAAAAUGCCAGGGUCGGGUACGGAUACAAAGGAUCAUCGCCUCGCGAAGAGGAGGAAAAUGAGGGAUCUGUGUCAGCGGAACACACGGAAGAUGUGACAGAUGAGAAGGACAGCAUCAAUGAGGCAGCACCAAAUGGAGGAUCUAAUGGCCGCGCACCUUCCACUCAUGACGAACAAAUUCCUCUUGAAACCACACCACCUAAGAAACAAAUCAAACUAGUCCUCGCGAAUCGUAAAGGAUUUGUUAAAUUAGCAAUUGAGCUAGGUAAUAUCAACUUGGUGCCCACAUUUGCAUUUGGAGAGGCUGACGUUUAUGACAUUUCUAUACCUAAACCAGGAUCAAUAGGUUACAAAUUCCAGCAAUGGAUGAAAAGGACAUUUGCAUUUACAAUUCCAUUCUUUAGCGCCCGUGGUGUGUUUAUUUAUGAUUUCGGUUUAUUGCCAUACCGCAACCCAAUUGAUAUUGUGAUCGGUCGGCCUAUUCAUAUUCCUGCUGGUGUAUUGCAAGAGUAUCGCGCGCAACAUCCCGAGGAGUUUGAAGAUGAAGUAAAGGAGCCCAAGGAGCAAAAGGAGAAUGUGAAUGAUAAGAAGGACAAGAGUGAUGCCCAAUCGGUUGAGUCAGCAUCGGGUAUGCUGAGAUCAAGCUCGUUUACGGAUUUCUUGAAAUUGACCACUACUAAAAGGGGCUCCUCUGUAAAAGCCAAAAUUCCGCAAAAAUUGUUGGACAAGUAUCAUAAAUUGUACGUUGAUGAAUUGAGGCGGGUCUAUGAGGACAAUAAAGGCCGGUUUGGAUACGGAGAUGUUGAAUUAAAUAUAAUCGACUAG